AUGGUAGACCUCGAAGAUGAUCAGAGUCAAAAGACAGAACGUAAAACUCUUCUGGAACAACUAAGACUUAAUUCGAUCAAAAAGCAGGAAGACUUUCAGCGCCAGAUUCACCAGCAAAACUCAUUGAUCAAUCGCAUUAGCCAAGAAGAUAUAGAACAUUACGAAAAACUAAAAAAAGAUGAAUUAAUAAAGAAACAAGAAACGCAGGAAUAUAUAGAUGAGAAGUUGAGUAAAUUUGAGGUUAAACAGGAGCGAAAGCAGCGACGGAUACAAUCCCUGUACGAACUGCAGAAACCAGUAAAAAUUCCAAACGCUAACAAUCCUCAACCUUUAGGAAUAGUAAAAAGAAAAGGUAACAAGAAAAAGAUUAUAAUUGUUCCUAAGAAUGUUAAUACAUAA